AUGGUUGUUGUAACGCAAAAGCAAGCUGGAGGUGUUUAUAGUGACCAACAACAGGAAGGAGAUUUCGAAACAAAAAGUCAAAUGUUGGAUUGGUACAACUGUCCAGAAAUGCUGGAUUUUUGCAGAAAGUUUGGAGGGUUCAUUGAUGGUGCAUCAACAUCAUCAGAGCCACAAGAUGAAGACACACAUGCUGAUCCUUCAUCACAACCGAACUUUAGCCUUGGGUUGACACAGAUGCUAGCAUCUUUGAAGAACAAAGGGUACUCAGUGGGAAAAAAACAUAACCCGAAGAAAGAUAGGCAAGCAAUUCAACUACAUGAUGUGCCACCAUUCUGGAAAACAAAAGGAUUAAAAAUGGAUAACGUCACUGAAAAAGAGAGGAUGUUGUCGGAUUAUGUUUUCGGAAUUCAAGACGACAUUGAAACACUUUUUGAGAUACCCGAAGAAGUGGAAAAGCCAACGAUCCCAUACAUAUUUUUCGUCCAAAGAUCGAGCUUCAAGACAAUGGCACCUGGUCAACUGGUGGAUAAUAUGUAG